GGUUUGCUGUUUUGAUAAACAAUAUGAUUGUUGAGACUGAUGCAGAUGUGAUCAAAUGGAGCGGUGGAAAUGGGAUUGCAAUAUACAAUGACUAUGUGGCCAUGAUGGAAGGAGACUGGAUGGAGUGCAGGGGUGAUUUAAUCAUAACUUUGCAACUCAAAUAUGAGUCCGGCAUUAAGAAGAUCGAUACAAUCCUAAAAGGUAUAGAGAUAUUUAAGUUGAGCAACCCUGACAACAAUCUUGCUGGUGUGAAUUGUGCUUUCACAACACAUGCUCCGUUUUCAAGGACACCAAGACUCCGAAAAUUACUUGUAGCCUUUGGCAAUAUAAAUACAAUUGCAACAGGUAUAAUUCUUGUCCUCACUCUAUUGAAUUUCAUUGUUUACCAUUUAAAUUGUUCGGAAUCAACAUUGGAUGAGGAGGAGUUGCACAGACAUCAAACCGGGCAGCAUUUGAAUAAUACUUUCCGUCGCUUCUCACUUGUUGAAAUUUGGUUGGCCACCAACUACUUUGAUGAUGAACUUGUCAUUGGUAAAGGUGGAUUUGGUAAUGUGUACAAAGGGCUCAUUGACAGGACCACGUGUGUUGCCAUAAAACGGAAAAAUUCGAAAUCCAAUCAAGGGGUUCGCGAGUUUCGUGCUGAGAUCGAUGCCCUUUCCAAGUUUCGGCACAAUCAUGUCGUCUCUUUGAUUGGCUACUGUGAUGAUUGUUAUGAGCUGAUCCUUGUUUACGAGUAUAUUGCCCGUGGGACCCUUGUUGAACAUCUCCACAAAACUAGUAGAAAUGGCAUGGGUAGUAAUUCUCCUCUUUCCUGGGAACGACGACUCAACAUUUGCAUUGGUGCCGCACGUGGGUUGGACUUCUUGCAUACGAGUAGCGGUGCCCACCAUGGAAUCAUACAUGGUGACGUGAAGAGUGCAAACAUUUUGUUGGAUGAAAAUUGGGUAGCUAAGGUUUCUGAUUUUGGAUUGUCCAGAAUGGACACUUCAGACAUAUCCCGCACCCACAUUAGCACUUUGAUUAAAGGUACAAUUGGGUAUCUGGAUCCGGUGUAUAUGAUGACUGGAAGACUGAGUAAGAGAUCAGACGUAUAUGGUUUUGGUGUGGUAUUGUUGGAAGUGUUGUGUGGGAAGAAGGCUACCGAUACUCUUGAGGAGGAGCAGUAUAGUCUAGCUACAUGGGGCAGACAAUGCAUUCGAGAAGGAACAAUUGAUCAGCUGGUUGAUCCCAGUGUGAAGGAGCAAAUCACACCUCAUUGUUUAAGAGGGUUUGCGGAAAUUGCCAACAAAUGCUUGCAUGAUCAACCAAAUGAACGUCCUACGAUGGCUGAAGUAGUGGCGAGACUCGAAUUAAUUAUAUUAGAGUUGCAAGGGAGGACUGACUCUUAUACAGAGCAAGUGGUUAUCGAUGUUGGUGGGACUUCCAAUGAGGGUGUUGAAUUGAGUAUUACAUCAGAGAAUUCUCCUUCUGUGUCUUCUUGCGAUUACAAUAUAUGUCCUGUGGAAGUACUAACUGAAAGCAGCUUGGAGAGUAUCACAUUGGAGUAUUCUCCUUCCGCGUCUUGCCAUUACAGCGUACCUCCUGUGGAAGUAAUAAAUGAAAGCAGCUUGGAGAGUAUUUCACCUGGAACAACUAAGAAUAUGGAAGUUGGGAAAAAGAAAGAUUAUGGUUUUAAUCACAGAUGGUGGAUGGGGUGGCAGUUGAAUUCAAAGACAAAAGCUUAUCCAAUGCCAGAGGUACAUUGUCAUCGCUUUUCCCUGGCAGAGAUUUGAGCCUCCACGAACCGUUUUAAUAUUGGUCGCCUCCUAAUGAUACGAAGUUAUCGUAGUAAUGUUUAUGUGGGUUAUAUAGAAAAAACGAAGGUUGCUAUCAAACGGUUCUCUAGAGAUUAUUCUUAUGAUUGGUUUUGCUCAGAGUUGGAGGUGCUGUCCCAGGUUCGAUGCAUGAACGUGGUGUCCCUGGUUGGGUACUGCUAUGAUGGGCAUGAGAUGAUCUUGGUGCACGAAUACAUGUCCAACGGUAGCCUAUCCGAUCGUCUCCACAGUUGUAAUAUUGAUAAUCAAUGUCUCUCAUGGAAGCAGAGGCUCCAAAUCUGCAUUGGUGUCGCCCAAGGACUGAACCACCUUCAUACAGGUGUGGAGGGGAAGACAAUUAUUCAUGGUGACGUGAAGCCGCACAACAUUCUCUUUGGUAAAAACUGGGUUGCAAAGAUUUCAGAUAUCAAUUUAUCCUUGUCGCGGUACCACGAGGUCAUCACCACAACAGUUUUGGAGGGAUCACUUGGCUAUCUUGAUCCAGAGCAUUUUCUUACUUCUCGAUUCACAAUAAAAUCUGAUGUUUACUCUUUCGGCGUGGUGUUGCUUGAAGUGUUGUGUGGGAGGGAGGCUUUUUUAUUCGAUGAACAGGAAAAGCAUAGGUUUCUAAGCAAGUGGGCCAUAGAGUGUAUAGAAGCAGGGUCAGUUGAAGAGAUCAUUGAUCCAUAUCUGAUGGGGAAGAUUUUGCCUCUUUCUUUGAGCGUGUUUGUGGAAAUUGCUAGCAACUGCUUGCUUCUCAGAAGUACUGAACGCCCUUCGAUGAUUGAUGUUGUGCGCAAACUCCAGCUGGCCCUGCAACUGCAGGAAACUGCUGAUGCUCCAUUGGAGUGAGGUGAUCAAAAUGGUCGAGCCUCCCAAUUACAAGAAAAGAAGAGAAUCUUUUUGAGGGGCGAGUAGAAGGAACCAACUAUAGUUCACACGAGUCAUUCUCAUUAGAGUGGCAUCCUGACUCCAUUUAUCAUUCUUCAUCAUCUUUGCAAGACAGAGCUCCCUCGCCCAGGUGAAUGACUUGUAUUCUUGUAAAACUUAAUAUAGAUUGGAUUCCAUCUUUUAAGAUAUAUAUACAUAUAUAGAGAGAGUAUGCGUGUGUGUUAAAGCUAAAUAUGCAAUCAGCGAAAGUUUGGACUGGUUGUAUACUACUAAUGGAUCAGAGCUUUGAAGAACCUUGAUGUUAAUUUCUUCAAGAAAAGCACGUGCCAUUGUUCUGUCUCUUACCCGGGAAAUGAUUUUUCAUUGGAAUAGAUGUUGUAUAUUGUGAUUUGAUGAUAAUCCUAUAAAUUUCAUUUGCAGGCUACAAUGUUUCUGAUUUUAAUGCAUAUUAAAAUGUCCAGACGUUUUUUGGCACAUGCGAAAAUCAACAAUGCAAAUUCAAAACAAUUAGUAAAAAAAUGGAAAACAGAAGUGAAAAAAAAAAAUACGCAACAAAAUUGCUACUGAAACAAUGCAACACUAUUCUUGUUCUUUUUCCUUCCUUUGUUAACUUUUACUGAAAAUUUUAAUUAAUGGAUCAAACAUUAGUCAUUUAUUUGAAGCAAAUUUUCCCAUGAACUUAAGUUCCUAAAUGCUCUGUUCCAAAUGUGCAAAACUAGAAACUUCUGGUCAAUUAAGCUCAAUCAAGAUGACUAUUGCAUUGAUUUUCUAAUUUUACAUUCUAAUAAUUAAACAACACUAUAUAUAUAUAUAUAUAUAUAUAUAUAUAUAUAUAUAUAGGAUUACUAUUAAGAUUGUUAAAAAAUCAACUUGAUGCCGAAUGUUAAGGCAACAUUAUACUAUAUAGGAUACUUGACAAUAGUAUGAGAAAUAGUAUGCAUUCUAAAAGGCUCAGUAUGAGAAAUAAUAUCCAUCAUAAAAGGCUUGAGAUUAAAAUUUUAUUAUACCACAUAAUGCUCCUUCUAACCUUUUAAAAUGACAAUCAAAUUACAAUAUGCUCACAUUUGGACCCUAGUUGACAAGCAUUCUAAGUCUAUGUUGGCAAAGUAGAAUAGAGCAUACCUCACCAGUGAUCAAAGCUUCUGAGAUGUUCCACUUCCUCAUAUCUGUUCUUAGAACUGGAGAAAGAUUUUCAACCUUAGAACUUCUGCUAGGGCUUUAUUUGGAAGGAGAGAAGCGGCAGGGCUUUGGGUGGUGCUUUCCUCUGUGAUGAGGAAUUGCUAAAGACGCUCUGUUCCCAUGAACAUAAGUUCCUAAAUUCUCUGUUCCGAAUGUGCAAAAACUUGAAAUUUUUGGUCAAUUAAGCUCGAUCAAGAUGACUAUUGCAUUGAUUUUCUAAUUUUACAUUCUAAUAAUUAAACAACUAUAUCUAUAUAGGAUUACUAUUAAGAUUUUUUAAAUAUCUGAUUGAUGUCAAAUGUGAGGGUAACAAUUGGUAGUUUCAUUGUUGUGUUGGAAACAUUUUCAUUUUUGUUUAUGAUUCAAUUGGUUGAGGAUGAUGCUACCAGACCAUAGGAGUCUCCUGAGGUUCUGCUCCAUCCCUUGAAUCACUUAGCCCAGAAAGUUUGCACACUCAGGAGAAUGACCUUAGUGUGCUGAAGUCUGCCUGAAAAUGGAAACAUUCUAGAACUCUAACUGGUUAUUAUAACAGAAAUUUUAUCAAGAUAACACCUGCAAUUGAUCAAGAGUUGUGAGUUUUGUGGAGAUUAAAGAAACACCAAGAUAUAUAAGUGGUAGAUGACCCUCCUGGAAACCAAGGAGAUGAAGAAUGGAGGCUUUAGAGGACUGUGGGACAGCUGAAAGGAAUACAGAGCUUUUGGACAGGUUAGGAACUAGAUCAGAAAAAGCUGAAAAGGAAUUCAAAGCAUCAUUAAGGACAUUGACAAAUUUAAAAUUACCAUAAGAAAAUAGCUUGAGGUCAUCCGCAAAAGAUGAGCGAGUGAUUUGAAGAGGCUUGCAUCUCCAAUGGCACCUAAAAUGGGGGCUUGAGGCAACCAUCUUCUGAACAAUUGAAGAAUGGUCAUCCAUGACUAUAACAAAAAAACUGAUUUCAUUUGUUUAUGAAUUCACAUGGACUUUUUCUGUUUCCAUAAGUAGCGGUCAGAGGAAUGCUACACAAAUAAUUUACAAUAACUUAUCGAUGAAACAAGAGCAGAAUUUAUUUGCGUGUAAGAUGGGAUUCUAGUAGGAUUUACCUUUGAUUUAAUUGGAUUCUCUUAUGUACAGGAGAGAGUCUAAGUGCUGUUUAAAGAUUUGUGAUAGGUUACAUUAUCAAGUCAAAUGAAAUUUAGUGACAUGAGAGGUCAUGAAAACCAUGAGCACAAAGAGUUUGUAAAGUGGACCAUAUUUACACAGCAGGGCCGGUCAUGAAAAUAUAUUCAUUCAUCACCGCAAUAAUUGUGUAUACAUAUGGCUAUCUCUAUCCAAAGUAUAUUGCAAACUGGUUGAUUUAUGAAAAAAAUCUGAUGUUUACUCUUUCGGCGUGGUGUUGCUUGAAUUGUUGUGUUGGAGGCGAGCAGUAUCAUUCGAUAGACCUGAAAAGCCGAGGCUUCUUAGCAGGUGGGCCAUAGAGUGCAUGUAAGCAGGGUCAGUUGGAGAGAUCAUUGAGGCUUCUUUCUUUGAGAGUGUUUGUGGAAUUUGCUAGCAAAUGUUUGCUUCUCAGAGGGCCUGAAUGCCCUUCAAUGAGUGAUGUUGUGCGCAUACUCGAGCUCGCUCUGCAAUUGCAGGAAACUGCUGAUGCCCCAUUGGAGAAUGAGGUGAUCAAAAUGGUCGAGCCUCCCAAUUACAAGAAAAGAAGAGACUCCUUUUAAGGGACUAUUAGAAGUAACCAACUAUAGUUCACGAGUUAUUCUUGUCAGAUGGGCAUCCUGACUCCAUUUAUCGAUCUUCAACAUCUUUGCAGGACAUAGAGCUCUCUGGCCCAGGUGAAUAACUUAUGUUCUUGUAAAACUUAAUAUAGGUUGGCUUCCAUCUUUUAAGAUAUAUAUUUGUAUGUAUAUAUAUAUAUAUAGACGGAGAGUGUAUAUGUGUGUGUUUUAAAGCUAAAUAUGCUAUCAGCGAAACUUUGAUGUUAUCAGUUGUACACUAUUAGUGUAUCAGAGCUUUGAAGAACUUUGAUGUUAAUUUCUUCAAGAAAAGCACGUGGUGGUGUUCUGUCUUUUACACAGGAAAUGAUUGUGAAUAGAUGGUGCUUAUUGUGAAUAGAUGGUGCUUAUUGUGAA